AUGAAUGCGUGUCCGAAGCGUGGAACUGCCGGGACGGGGCAGCGGAGCUGGGAGGCUCACUUUGAGCAUGUGCCAAAUGUGUGCUUGAUGCGAAGGGACAUGCAGCUGGUGAGGUCGUGGGGAGCUGACAAAUCGGCAGAGUCGCCCAGCCAGCCUGCCUGCCACGACCUGGCCAAUGGAAUUGCAGCAAUCGUGUACGCUUGCCUCGGGCCAGGACUGGGGGUCAACCGGGAAUGGGGCUCGUCGAGACGGGAUCCCAACUCGUAUCCACCAGUUUUCCCAUGGCCCAACUCGCCUGGCCCAACGCCAACUUGGUCCGUGCCUCCCGUCUGUGCGUGUGUUGGACAGAAAUGCAGCCCGACCGAGUGA